GUGGUGAUUAUGAUGCAAUGAAGGUGACAGCGGUGCUGGUGAUGGUGGUAUUGGUGGUGAUAUUGAUGGUGGUGGUAGUGGUAUUAGUGGUUGUGGUAUUGGUGAUAAUGGUGGCAGAGUUGGUGGUGGUGUUGGUGAAAAUGCUUAUAGCAAAUAGUUUUCACAAUAAUCUGAUGAGAUUACAUGAACCUGAUAUGAACACUGGAUCAGAAAUACAACGCAUUCUGACAAGUUACAGGGGCAAAGAUUGA